GCAGAAAGCUGCGCGUGCGCAGUGAGGCGGGGGGAAGGGGGGGGUCUUCGGCGGGCCUGAGAGGAGCCGCGAGCGCUGGGGCGAGGAAACAUCGUAGGCCUCGGGGGGGAACGGGGAAUGAGCAGCCCCUGCCCCAAAUCCUACAUGCCCCAGCAGCAGCUGUGCUCGCUCAGCACCUCUGACAGUCCAGCCUCUGUCUUCAAAAUGCUUCUCAAGUCCAGGGGCUGCUCUCCAAAGCUGAGGCAGCACCUGGUUUGCCUUCAGGAGCAGAUUUGAGCCUCGGAGACGGAGACUCCUUUUCUCACCUAAGUCACUUGAAGUGCAAAAGCCCCAAUCAUGGAUUUUCAACAUCGCCCUGGAGGUAAAACUGGGAGUGGAGGCGUAGCCUCAUCUUCGGAAAGUAACCGAGACCGCAGAGAGAGGCUUCGGCAGCUGGCUUUGGAAACUAUUGACAUCAAUAAGGAUCCUUAUUUUAUGAAAAAUCACUUGGGUUCUUAUGAAUGCAAACUCUGCCUAACGCUGCACAACAAUGAGGGAAGCUAUUUAGCACACACCCAAGGGAAAAAGCAUCAGACCAAUUUGGCUCGCCGCGCGGCCAAGGAAGCUAAAGAAGCCCCUGCCCAACCUGCACCAGAAAAAGUCAAAGUGGAAGUGAAAAAGUUUGUGAAAAUUGGACGACCAGGUUAUAAAGUGACCAAACAGAGAGAUCCAGAAAUGGGCCAACAGAGCCUCCUCUUCCAGAUCGAUUACCCAGAGAUUGCUGAAACCAUCAUGCCUAGGCAUCGGUUCAUGUCUGCAUAUGAGCAAAGGAUCGAGCCCCCAGACAGACGUUGGCAAUACCUUUUGAUGGCAGCAGAGCCCUAUGAAACCAUUGCUUUCAAGGUGCCAAGCAGAGAAAUUGACAAAGCAGAAGGAAAGUUUUGGACCCACUGGAACAGAGAAACCAAACAGUUUUUCCUUCAGUUCCAUUUCAAAAUGGAGAAGCCCCCAGCUCCCCAGAGCAUCCCUCCUGGACCCCCAGCUGUGAAGAGGCCUCCACCGCCUCCACUGAUGAAUGGCUUGCCCCCACGACCACCUCUCCCGGACUCCAUGCCGCCGCCGCCACCACCUCCAGGAGGCAUGACCUUGCCACCCAUGCCUCCAUCUGGACCUGUACCGCCCCCAGCACCACCUCAGCUGCCACCAGCUCCUGGGGUACAUCCCCCUGCUCCUCUGCCCCCCAUGAUGAGACCACCUCUUCCCACAGAGGGGCCAGGAACUAUUCCCCCCCCACCUCCUUCCAACUGAAAAGUUCCUCCUGGACUCUUUUCCCAGUGGACUCCUUUUGAUUCGUGUUUAAUUACAGACCGUUAUUUGCUCAGAGGGAAAUCUUUGUCCUUUUUAUAUGCUAAUAGCUUUGCCAGAAUCCUGUAGGUUCAUUAAAAGGCUUUCUACGUUG